CAAAAUUUUUAAAAUCCAACGGCUGGCUGUAGGACGUUGUGUGUGUUGUGUUGUUUAUAUUGUUCUUUGCUUGUUUAAUUAAAAGAGUACUGCAGAUAUCUUGAAAGUUUAUUAUGACAAUGAAGAGCGAUGUGCUAGAUCUCGAAACCAAAAUCAUAAACCACGAUGCAUAUGGAACUUCAUAUAAAUGGUCUCCUAGAGACUUCGAACUCGGUUCACCGCUUGGUCAAGGCAAAUUCGGGAAUGUUAACGUAGCCAGAGAGAAGAAAACUGGUUACUUAGUUGCCAUCAAAACAUUAUUUAAAUCUCAAAUAGUGAGGUCGAAAUGUGAGCGGCAAGUGCUGCGAGAGAUUGAAAUUCAAUCGCAUUUGAAACAUCGGAACAUACUGCGUCUGUUGACGUGGUUCCACGACGAGCGUCGUAUAUACUUGGUGAUAGAGUUUGCAGCCGGUGGAGAGUUAUAUAAGCAUCUCACUAACUCGCCCAAAGGCCGCUUCCCUGAAGCCAGAGCUGCUCGAUACAUUUACCAGGUAGCUGAUGCAGUAGAGUACUGUCAUCAGCACCAUGUGAUCCACAGGGAUAUCAAACCAGAGAACAUUCUGGUAGCAUUCAGUGGAGACCUCAAACUUGCUGAUUUUGGCUGGUCUGUGCAUGCACCUUCAGAAAGACGUAAAACAAUGUGCGGUACAUUAGACUACUUGCCUCCUGAAAUGAUCAAGCGUGAAGUCUAUGAUGUGUCCGUCGACCACUGGUGUAUAGGAGUCCUAUUGUACGAGUUCCUAGUGGGCAAGCCUCCGUUCGAGAGUGAGGGACAGGAUAAAACUUAUGCCAGAAUCCUUGCUUUGGACAUGGUGUAUCCUAGCUACGUACCUGAAGGAGCUAAAGAUCUUAUUUCAAGUCUUUUACGGCAGUCAAGCAAAGAGAGGCUCUCACUUGAUGGUGUGAAAAAGCAUUACUGGGUACAACAGUUCCAGACAAAUGGUGCAUAGCAUUCACAUAGACGUUGUUAAGUUAGUAUUAAUUAUAAUAAUUAUUAAUUCA